AUGACACGACGGCUCCGCGUUUUAUGCGAAGACACGGCAGUACUGCGGGCGAUCACGGAACUGCUGAAGAUCGACCCAGAAACGCGGGCAGGUCUGGAGGAAGAAUUUUCUCAUCACGAGAUUUCAGAUCCAUGCUUCGACCGUCUUCUGAAGCCCUCGGAUAUCCGCGAAGGAUGUGUGAGAGCGCUCGGGUGCUUGCUAGCAAAGGCAGAGGAUGCAGGUGUCCGCCACAGAAUUUUGCAUUUGCUCCGGGACAUGACGAAUCGCGCCCUGGAUCAGGAGGAGAUCCACCUACAGAAGGCGCUUGUACGCGUGCUGUCUCGGCCCGCCCGGAAAUUGGAUGAAACUGCUCUGAAUGGGCUCAUUCAAAUCGAAGUCCACGGACAGGACGAUGCCCGAAGGGGCGCCAUAAAAGUUCUUCUGCCGCUGCUCGACGACCUGCAGAGUGGCAACACUGGUGGCCCGCUCGAGACCGAGGUUGUGGCCUGGCUGACGGAGCGAACCGAUAAAAUUGUCAGGAUGAGGGGCAAAUCUGUCUUCGUCGCGGAGCUGUGCAAUCACCUGAAGGACGAGAAUCGAGAUUUGCCCAUAUAUCACUCCCUGCGCAAGCUGGUCGAGGCGCAGCUGCCGCUUCGGCAUCCCAAGCACGCCGUAGGCCGCAUGGAGACGAGCGUGCAGCAACUGAAUUUGCGCGUCAGUCCGGCAGUAGUGCUUCAUUCGGGAGGCCCAGCGAUGGCCCGUUCCGCGUCCCUGCUGCUUGCCUGCGCCGCCGCGGCUGCCGCCGCCAUGCUGGUGGGUUCCCUCGCGCUGUCCUUCGUCGGCGCCUCCCCGGCGGGGCUCCGCGCGGGCCAGCGCGCCCCCUCGGUGGAGAUGCAGUUCUUCGGCGGGCCGCCGGUGACGACCACCCCUCCGCCGCCCGCGGGAUUGAGCCUGGGAGACGUGGGCGGGAACAACUACGUGAUCUCGAUGACCAUUCUUUUCUUCGGGUCGGUGCUCGCCAACGCCAACGGGUUUUUCGCGCCCUGGGCCUCCUCGCGCGCCCUCGAGACGCCGGCGGGCCUCCAGCCCGUGGACCACGCCGUGCAGGCCUUCACCGUGCGGCACCCGGAGGUGCAGGAGCUCGUAAACCAGAUGGAGGGCGCAGGGGCCCUGCGGCCCUGGCACGGGCGGGUCGGCGCCAUCGGCGCCGACGGGGAGUUCCGCGCCCGCGACGGUGCGGAGCCCCCGCUGUGGAUCGGCAGCGCCCAGCAGGGUAUGUGGAGCAUGUCCCAUUGGUUGGCGAGCGGCCAGCAGCUGUACCAGGACGAGUGGGUGGCCCGGCUCUCGAGGAGCGACGAGGGCAUCUGGAGCCUGCUCAGCACGAAGAGGAAGCGGAUCGGCCAGGCCGGGUACUCGUACGUGGUCAUGGCGCACAACGGCAAGUGUGCCGACCGCCUGAUCAAGACGGCGCCGGUGCAGACGGCCGCCCACGCGCCCUUGCGGUGCAAGUUCACCCCGCGCGCCUCGCCCUCCAGCGACCGCCUGGAGCUCAGCUCCCUGUGGGUCUGCGUGCUCUCCGUGCCCAGGGGAGCCGCGAGAUUCGAGGGUGCGUUCGUGGAGGAGCAUGCCGUGCUGAGCUGGAUCUCAAACAAUUCCGCCAAGUAUCCCCAGGAUGCCGCGGAUCCCGACAGGGAAAUAUGGACGCUCAUCUCAACCCCAAGAUACGGGACGGACAACAAGUGUCCUCAGGAGUCUAUACCUCCUGAUGUCCGUGGGAAGGUGUCCGCCGACAUGCGCGCAGCCUGCGGCUCCCUGCUCGCCGUGGACGCCGGCUCCCUCGAGGUGCUGCACCUGCAGCUGUGGGGCGCCGCGCUGCCGCUGAACACGUGCGCCCAGCACUUCGUGCACGACUCGGCCGCCCGCGUCGGCGUGUGCGGCGACUGGCUCACGGCGCCCUCGGUCGAGGGCGCUCUGUUCAGCGGCCUGGCGCUCGCGGAGGGAGCUGCGCGGCGGCCUCGUGAGCACGCCGGUGAAGCGCUUCCAGGGCCUGGUGGAUUGUCACGCCAUGUCGGAGUCCUUGGAACCUGA